AUGGAGUUCAAUCUUGAGGCAGCCCGAAUCACUUCCUUGCCUGAAGAUGCAUUUUAUAUUGCAGACUUCAUUACCGAAGAUGAGGAGGAGUUGUUAUUGCACAAGAUAACCACCGCCCCUCUUCCUCGGUGGACACAGCUCUCCCAUCGGCGUUUGCAGACAUGGCCCUCCGCUCUGACUAAAUCGAACACACUCAUCGCCUCUCCCUUGCCUUCAUGGCUUGUCUCACCCAUCAUCGCGCCUCGAUUCGAUUCACUUGGUAUCUUUACUGAUGCGCCGCAUGGUUCUCCCAACCAUGUCUUGAUCAAUGAGUACCGUCCAGGACAAGGGAUCAUGCCACAUGAGGACGGGGCAACAUACUACCCGCUCGUAGCGACUGUGAGUCUGGGCGCAUCGAUCGUACUGGAUCUGUACUCGAAAGACCAAUCAAGUAGCGAAGCGAAUGGUGAUGGUGCGGCAGGGGUGCGGCAACCUCAGUAUCGGAUUAUGCAAGAGAGACGUAGUUUGCUGGUUACGAGGAGAAAAAUCUACACGGAUUUCUUGCAUGGGAUCGCGGACGUUAACAGCGAUGAGGGCCUAUCGCCUGACAUGAUAUCCAACUGGGAUUUGCUGCGCGAGAAGGAUCGGUAUCAGUGCGGCCGGUAUGACCGGGGGACUCGCAUCAGCUUAACGUAUCGAGAUGUGCUCAAAGUCUCCAAGCUAGGGAACACGAUGAAAUUCCUUGGCGCACAGUGA